GAAAAAUAGAAGUCUUCUCUCUCUCUCAACUUCACACGGCUUACAACCACCCGCCAUUUUUACGUCUACGUCCUAUCUCUCUCGCUCUCUCUCUCUCUCUGAAAUGAGGCGAACCCCAUCGUACGGACGCCGGAAUCCUACCUCUGACCCGCGGAGCACGCCGGACCGGAUCCCCUACUCUCCGAGCUCGCCCUACUCCCUAUCCUCAACCGGUCAAAAGUCCAGCUCCGGACGGAGCGUGGUCUCCGUCGCCGCCCGCUCCGUCGCUGGGGCCUUCACCUCGUGCUUCACCCCGCCGGAGACGAAGAGCUCCGUAAGCUUCGGUGAUUCUGAAGAGUUCAAAGCUCCCUCCGUAUUUUCGGAUGCGUCGAGAGAUGGGAGCGAGAGAAGGCGCAGUUCAAGUCGAGGCAUCUACUUCAACUCAAAUAACUCGAGGCACGAAAGUGAGCCCGGGAUUCUAAAGUUCACCAUGCAAGAAAUAAACAAGGCCACAAAGAACUUCUCUCCAUCUUUCAAGAUCGGACAAGGCGGUUUUGGGACAGUUUAUAAGGGGAGACUCGGAGACGGGACCCUUGUUGCAAUCAAACGUGCCAAAAAGAGUGUAUAUGACAAGCAUUUGGGAGUGGAGUUCCAAAGCGAGAUUCAAAUGCUGGCGCAGGUGGAGCAUUUGAAUUUGGUCAAGUUCUACGGGUAUUUGGAGCAUGAAGACGAAAAGAUUGUUGUUGUCGAGUAUGUUCCUAAUGGAACCCUCAGACAACAUUUGGAAUGUUUGUACGGUCAGAUUCUUGACCUUGCGGCACGGCUAGACGUUGCAAUUGAUGUGGCUCAUGCCGUCACCUAUCUGCAUAUGUACACGGAUCAUCCAAUUAUUCAUCGAGACAUCAAGUCUUCCAACAUUCUCCUAACCGAAAACUUCAGGGCCAAGGUAGCUGACUUCGGUUUUGCCAGGCUUGCUGCUGAUAGCGAUUCAGGUGAAACCCAUGUUUCCACUCAAGUUAAAGGAACCGCUGGCUACUUGGACCCCGAGUACCUGAGAACAUAUCAACUCACGGAGAAGAGUGAUGUCUUUUCAUUUGGUGUACUACUGGUUGAGCUAGUUACAGGCAGGCGCCCAAUUGAGCCUAAACGGGAAAUCAAGGAACGAAUAACUGCAAAAUGGGCUAUGAAGAAGUUUACUGAUGGAGAUGCUCUUUCGAUUUUGGACCCGAGGUUAGAACAGACAGCAGCAAAUAAUGUAGCCAUCGAAAAGAUCCUUGAACUAGCAUUGCAAUGUUUGGCUCCACGCAGACAGAACCGGCCUAGCAUGAGGAGGUGCGCGGAGAUCCUCUGGAGCAUCCGUAAGGAUUACAAAGAGGUAUUAGCUCCAGACUUCCGUUCAUUUUCUAGCCGUUCACAGAUGAGUACCUGAACAUGAGAAGAGUGACAAAACAAUGAGUCUUGGUGCUCCCAGAAAACGGAAUGUAAUGAUUAUAUGGUUUUACCGGAGAUGGAACAUGAAGAGUGGUUGCGUUUUGGUAAAAAAGAACUACGCAGUAAAUGUGCAUGAGCAAUUUGAGUAGCAAAUCGAGUAAUUCUUGAAGAAUGAUUCUGCAGAUCGGAUUGUGUAUAGGACACCUAGAUUUUGAGUGUAUUUUGGUUACUUGAAAGUUUUAUUGAGUUGUUUAUUGUUGUUGGAGGAUCUUGUACAUUUAGGACUGGUUUGGUA